AUGGUCUCCAGGCGCACGGGGUUUGUGGGAAUCAUGGCGUCCUCCGCGAACAGCGUCUGCGGCAGUGCUAUGAGCCGAAAGACAAACACAAUGGACGUGUGUGAUAGGACUGGGUCUGAGUCGUGUUGUGGCAGAAAAGCUGAAAAAACGACAUGUAGCUCUACGCAGGGCAGCAUGACUGUUACGUCGCUGAAAUCUCGGUUGGGGCCGACCAUUCACACAGCCAUGUCCGCCGCGGUUGAUGCUCUUUUGGGUGAAGUGGUGAUAGUACUGAAUGAGACCCAACUGGAGAUGGUCCACAAGGAAGAGGAGAAUGCAAGGCUGAAAGUCCGUCUGGAGGUAUCUGAGCGGGAACUAAAGACUUUACAGGACUGUCUGUGUAGUGCACAGAAAGUCAUAGAUCAACUCCAAAUCUCCUACUCGGGUGCUCAUGUGGUCAGCCAGCCUGUUUUUGCACCUUCACUUUCUUCUAUGACUGGCAUGCAGCGAGACUCUCAGAAUCAGAGGAAUGUGAGCGGUCCUGACCUGGGACUUGGAGGAUCAGCUGAUGAGUCUCUUCAGGGAUUUGGUCUGAGUAACGAUUACAAGAUGGGCCACCUAUCUAUCCAGCCUGACGGCUCUGUGACCAAUCACAACAUGGACUCUUUUGGAUCAAAUAUCUCCCAUAUGUGCUCUAACUCCAAAACAGAUGAGAGGCAGUCCCACAGGCCAGUAUCAGUACAUCGGUUUGAGAUAAAGGAAGAGCAAAGACCUGUUCCAGCCUCAGUGGAGCCCAAGAAGAAAGACACCGGGGGAGGAGGUGAACAGGGGGCUCAAAAUGAGCAUGGUUUUGUCCAGGUUGGAGGAGGAGGGCCAUCGCAGCACUGCUUUCCUCAGCCGCUUCGUGCCCAAAGAUCUUUGCAAGACUGUAAUGCUGCCGUCUCUGCAGAUGAACUUAGUGACCUGAAAAUAGUGUCUGUGACUUCGAUGACAUCCAGUAUCUCACCAGGUGAAGCAGAGGACAUAGCUGGACCUUCAGGAGUGGGCUCAGCAGCUGGUCCCUCAGUUGACAGGCCACACCACUGCAUAGAGUGUGGCAAGACGUUUCGGCUGGUCUCCAGUCUGAAAAAGCACAUUCGUAUCCAUACGGGUGAAAAGCCAUACCCAUGUGGCGUAUGCGGUCGUCGUUUUCGUGAAUCUGGAGCUCUGAAGACACACUUGCGUAUUCAUACAGGAGAGAAACCCUAUUCGUGCUCAGAGUGUGGCACAUGCUUUCGACACCUGGAUGGUCUGCGCAAGCACAGACGCACACACACAGGCGAGAAGCCCUAUGUGUGCAACAUCUGUGGAAAACGACUGAGUCGACUGCAGCACCUCAAGCACCACCAGCUCAUCCACACGGGAGAGCGGCCUUGUUGCUGCCCCUUCUGUAACCGCACCUUCAAGGAACCUGCGGCGCUGCGGAAACAUGUUCGAACACAUCAGGAGGAAGUCAACCACAUGGAUAUUGGUGCCAGUGAGGACCAACAUCAAGAGCCCAUUGAUGAUAUGAACAACCUCCACCCGACUGCUCCUUCUCCCCAGAUGAGGUUUGAAGGGUGGGGAACAGAAGAGGACAGUGCAGGGGUCGACUGUGUUUAA